UAUGAAAAGGAGAGAAGCUACUUCGAGCAGUGUUUCAAAGAGUUGCGAGUACUAGGAAGAGGCCUGUUUGGAGAGGCUUUGGAAGUUGAGUGCCGCGAGACGGGGAAUCGCUACGCAGUGAAGCGGGCUCUACACACCUUCGAAUCAGCUGGAAAUCGCCAACUGAAGCUUCGUGAAGCGACGAACCAUGAGGCGAUUCCUCCUCAUACGAAUAUUGUCAAAUUUGAAAAGGCCUGGGAGGAGAGAGGUCGCCUUUAUAUUCAAACCGAGCUUUGUGGUGCAAAUCUCGCUGAGUACCGCGAUGAAGUGGAAUUCUUCCUGAAAAUGAAUUGUGGAAAGUCCUAUACGAUAUGGUUCAGGCCCUGCAUCACUUACACUCUACAGGAGGUACUGCAUUUGGACGUGAAGCCAUCAAAUAUUUUCAUUUCUGAGGAUUCAAUCUGCAAAUUGGGAGAUUUCGGUCUAGCAUUCGACAUGAAUAAGACCCCCCGCGACACAGCUGAAGAAGGCGACAAGCACUACAUGGCCCCAGAGAUUCUCAACGACUCACCUACUACCGCUGCCGACAUCUAUAGCCUGGGAGUGUCCAUGCUAGAG